AUGGAUCUAAUCUACAACUACAGAAUUCAGUCAUUAAAUGCUAUCGUAUCAGAAUCACAAGCAAUCAUGAUAUUGAUUCAGUGCUCUACUUUAUAUUCUACCCAUUUUUCUCAACCUUACUCCCAUUAUAAGAUGCUUCGUGUCAGUGGUAUUCUCCAACUACAGUCCGUCUGGACCCACCCUAGAUAUGUCAAGUCUACUCUACAAAGAUCAUUAUCACAAUCACGACCAGUAUCUAUUCAUGUUCAUGACAAUGUUCAUGUUCAUGUUCAGGAGCCAUUGUUUAGCAAGGAACCCACGACAAUUCCUAAUGCUCUGGUUCAUCCAACAGAAAGUCUAAGCAAUAUUUCUACCUUCCCGGCUAUUCUUGUGGUUCCUGAACCCAAAGAAGAUUUCGAAAACACAGAUCCUGUUUGUGGUGGUAUCAAACAAGAGUUUCUACAACAUAACACCAAUGAGAGCUCUAGACAAUUAACUGGAACAGUCCCUGAGCAUAAAAAUCAGGGGGAUUUUGAGGACAUCACCAUGGAUUUAAAUCAAGACAAGCCAAGAAUAGACGAACAGCCUAAAAAAGUGGCUACAGAGAAUAUCAUGGAACAAAUCAUGGACUAUAUUACAGACUACCUUGCCGAAGAAUUUGACCAGAAUACCAAUACCAAUACCAAUAAUGGCAGUGGUUUUGAAAAGAUUAAAGAUAAUGCUUUGGAACACAAGGCUUCUAAAGUGAUCGCGGAGACAAUUGACGAAAAAUUGAAUAGAGAAGAGACGGCAGAAAAGGAGAUCCUGGAAUUCAAAAGAGAAGGAGUCCAAGACAUACUAAAAGAUAUUUCAGAAGAAACUGCUCAUGAUGCCAAACUAGACUUUCAAGUCGGCCAUAAGGUCCAUAUCUUGAAAGAGGAUUCCCAGAAACUCAUUUCAGAAAAGCCAAUGUGUGGCGUUCCGGCUUACUCGUCCCCACCUUCAUCGUCCUCAUCCUCGACAUCGUUCUCUUCUAAUUCUACCGUGUCUUCAUCUUCAUCACUAUCUUCAUCUUCAUUGGCAUAUUCACCCGUACCAGCACGAUUAUCAUCACCAGCCCAACCAUCAUCACCAUCAUUAGCUGCCUCAUUAUCAUUAUCAUCAUUAUCAAAAGGAAUAUACAAGACACAGCUGGCUAUGUCAUCCAUUGAUAAAGAAUACAAUACAUUAGGUUCGGUUCCGUCCGUUCUGCAUGACGAAAUAUUGCCUAGCUUGAAGAAACCAAUGAGCCGACUGAGUCUUCAGACAGUUGGUGGUCCAAACACUCCUCAGACAUCAUUUCCCAGAAAAGAAUCCAACCUGCUGAUGCGAGCCCGGAGCCUUGGUGCUUUGGCCCGACGUAUUUCGAUAUGCAAUUCCCGAGACACGAUACCGGAUCUAGAGAAAUCUGAAUCUAACCAGCACUCCAGUUAUACAAAUGGAUCCGAUUAUGUCCUCUCUGCUGACCUUAUCCUGCCAUCUGUUUCUACUUCCUUACUCUCGGUGCGCAAAAAGGGCUUUCGAAAAGACCAGCUCAAGUCAGCUCUCAAAGGAAAAAACCUGUCGAUACGAUUAAAGAAUGCCAUGUCACUUAACAAGAAAUGCAAUGAUUAG